GCGGGAGGGCGCGCGCCGGGGCUGCUAGCUCGCUCGCUCGCUCCCUCCCUCCCUCCGCCAGCGGGUUUAGUCAGCCAGCCAGGCAGCUAGCAGCCGGCGGGCCCGCGAGCCGCAGAGGACCCGAGCCUCGGACGCCGGCGCCGCCUCCUGCCAUUGUUCAUCGGGCUGUAGCAGCUGCAGGCGCGGGAUCCCGGGCCCGGGAGCUACCGCAACAUCAUGACAACAGAGAAAAGUUUAGUGGUCGAGGCUGAAAAUUCUCAGCACCAACAACAGAAGGAAGAGGGCGAGGGAGCCACAAACUCAGGACAGCAGGAAGCUCAACUGGAAGAGGCUUCUCAAGCAGCAGCUGAAGGGGACAAUCAGUGUGAGCAGAAGCUGAAGACAUCCAAUGGAGACACUCCGACUCACGAAGACCUGAACAAGAACAAGGAUCGGACAUCAGAAAGCAGAGGCCUCUCGCGACUGCUCUCCUCAUUUCUCAAAAGGCCCAAAUCUCAGGUCUCUGAGGAAGAAGUCAAAGAGGGAGAGUCAGAUAAAGAAAGAGGUGAAGGAGGUCAGAAAGAGACAGAAUUUGGAACCAGUCUUGAUGAAGAAAUUAUUUUAAAGGCCCCAAUUGCUGCACCUGAACCUGAGCUCAAAACAGAUCCUUCCUUGGACCUUCAUUCAUUAAGCAGUGCAGAAACACAGCCAGCUCAGGAAGAACACAGAGAAGAUCUAGAUUUUGAAACUAAGGAAGGAGAAGGAAUUGAAGAGUUCUCCAAAACAGAAGUAAAAGAAGAUCCUGAGUCAAAAACAGAAAGAGAAUUAAAAGCUUCCCAGAAAUCAGUCAGACGACACAGAAACAUGCACUGCAAGGUUUCUUUGUUGGAUGACACAGUUUAUGAAUGUGUCCUGGAGAAACAUGCUAAGGGACAAGAUUUGCUUAAAAGAGUAUGUGAACACCUCAAUCUUUUGGAGGAAGACUACUUUGGUCUAGCCAUUUGGGACAGUGUAAGCUCUAAGACAUGGCUGGAUUCUGCCAAAGAAAUCAAAAAGCAAGUUCGAGGUGUCCCAUGGAAUUUUACAUUCAACGUAAAGUUUUAUCCACCUGAUCCAGCACAGUUAACAGAAGACAUAACAAGAUAUUAUUUAUGUCUUCAGCUUCGACAGGACAUUGUUGCAGGACGUCUGCCCUGUUCCUUUGCAACCUUAGCAUUAUUGGGUUCUUACACCAUCCAGUCUGAGCUGGGAGACUACGAUCCAGAACUCCAUGGUGUGGAUUAUGUUAGUGAUUUUCAUCUGGCCCCAAAUCAGACCAAGGAACUUGAAGAGAAGGUCAUGGAACUGCAUAAAUCAUACAGAUCCAUGACUCCAGCUCAGGCUGACUUGGAAUUUCUUGAGAAUGCCAAAAAGUUGUCUAUGUAUGGUGUCGAUCUGCAUAAAGCAAAGGACUUGGAGGGAGUGGAUAUCAUCCUAGGUGUCUGCUCUAGUGGCCUUUUGGUUUACAAAGAUAAGUUGAGAAUUAACCGUUUUCCUUGGCCCAAAGUACUGAAGAUUUCUUAUAAACGCAGCAGCUUUUUCAUCAAGAUCCGGCCUGGAGAGCAAGAACAAUACGAAAGUACCAUUGGAUUCAAACUUCCCAGUUACCGAGCAGCUAAGAAAUUAUGGAAAGUCUGUGUAGAACAUCACACAUUUUUCAGACUGACAUCUACAGACACCAUUCCCAAAAGCAAAUUUCUUGCCCUGGGAUCCAAAUUUCGAUAUAGCGGCCGGACUCAAGCUCAGACCAGGCAAGCUAGUGCUCUGAUUGACAGGCCUGCCCCACACUUCGAGCGCACAGCAAGCAAACGGGCAUCCCGGAGUCUCGAUGGAGCAGCAGCUGCUGAUUCAGCAGACCGAAGUCCUCGGCCCACCUCUGCACCAGCCAUUGCUCAGAGUCAAGUCACUGAGGGCAACGGCCCAGAGGCAUCUGCCAAAAAAACACCGAAGGAAACAGUGAAGGUUGAAGGGAAAAGAGAAGAGGAGCCACCGGAGCAAGCUGAGCCAGAGCCCACAGAAGCAUGGAAGGUGGAAAAAACCCACAUCGAGGUCACAGUACCCACCUCAAAUGGUGACCAAACACAGAAGCUUGCAGAAAAACCCGAAGAUCUGAUAAGAAUGAGGAAGAAAAAGAGAGAGAGACUAGAUGGUGAAAACAUUUAUAUCAGACAUAGCAAUUUAAUGUUGGAGGAUUUGGACAAAAGUCAAGAAGAGAUCAAAAAACAUCAUGCCAGCAUUAGUGAGCUGAAAAAGAACUUCAUGGAGUCUGUGCCAGAACCACGGCCCAGCGAAUGGGAUAAACGCUUGUCUACUCAUUCCCCGUUCCGGACACUUAACAUCAACGGGCAAAUCCCCACAGGAGAAGGACCCCCACUGGUGAAGACUCAGACUGUCACUAUAUCAGAUACUGCAAAUGCUGUGAAAAGUGAAAUCCCGACCAAAGACGUCCCCAUUGUCCACACCGAGACCAAGACCAUCACUUAUGAGGCUGCCCAGACUGAGGACAGCAAUGGGGACUUGGACCCGGGAGUCUUGCUGACAGCCCAGACCAUCACAUCUGAGACCACAAGCAGCACCACCACAACUCAGAUUACCAAGACUGUAAAAGGUGGAAUAUCAGAGACCCGGAUUGAGAAGAGAAUUGUGAUCACAGGAGAUGCUGAUAUUGACCAUGACCAGGUCCUUGUACAAGCCAUCAAGGAGGCAAAAGAACAGCACCCAGACAUGUCUGUGACCAAGGUGGUUGUCCAUCAGGAGACUGAGAUCGCUGAGGACUGAGCUCAGGAACUGUCCUGUCCCCAACUCCCUGCCCUUCUCCCAUCCAAGAAAAACCAGCAAUGAUACAGAGCCAACCUGCAAUAGUCAGACUUCAGACUUUCAAGAUUACUUUAAACCACCAGGAAGUUUUCAUUUUCUAUUUGGAGUUUAUACCAAGAGAUUCUUCUAGCUAUCACUGAUCCUUUUGAAGACCUUUUUCUAUAUUGUGAUACCAGAAAUUGCUCAGCUUUUCACUCUAUGGACUAUUUCUAAAGAGUUUUUUACGGGGUGGUUUGUAACCCCUCCAACCUAGCCUCUCCCCAUUUAUUUCCAGCCCAGAUACUAACAGGGUCCCCAGAAUUCUUCAGGAAAUCCUCCAGAGACCCUGUCAGCUGUGUUGGAGGCCAAAGUCAGCUCAGUGGGACUCCCCGCUCCUGCCCUAGUUUUACGCCCUCUGGAUGACAGCGAAACUUCAUGAACCAGCUCUUUCUCAGAGCUAAGAUGCCACUUUACCAGAAUGUCAGGCAGCAUGACUGCCCUGAUCCACAGACCCCAGAAAAAUGUCCUGUCCCUCUGUUAGAGUGUUUUUGGUGAGGCAGAGACCUCCGCUGAGAAUGUAGUGCUGUUCUCCCUCCCUCGCGCGCGCUCUGUUUUGGAGCUUCUUUUGGUCAGAGACAUAAGAAGUUGCUUCAGGUAGAUCUGAUACUGUGAAUGUUUGAACAUACCCGUGGCCUUCACCUCCCCAGUUGCCCUUGUACCUCAGCAGCAGCGGUGGCUCUGCCAAGCACUCCCCUAGGCUCCCGUCUCAGGAGACCAAAACUCACGGAAAAGUAGGCACCUUUGGCCAAAAGCUCUACUCUAAUGGAAUGUUUUCAGUGGCGGUUUGGGGAAGGAAAGCUAAUGAGGUUUUUAGAAUAAGGUGUUCUAGUUCUGGGAGUGCGCACUUCAUGCUGAGGAGUGGCGCUUACCUCAGUCUUCUAAGGAGUGUUUCAGGUAACCAGGUCUGGGCCUUUCUUAAUUUAUUGUCACAAGGGAUGUAGCUCAGACAGGAGGCUGUGUUCUCUAACCUUCCUCCUGAGAGGCACCUGCCUGAGGACAUCCUUCUGGAGCAAGGGGAUUAUCGGCUUCUAGGGACCAUCCCUCCCACAGGACACCACAUGAUGGGAAUAAGCCCUAGGGCUGCUCAUCCCCCCUCACCACCUGAGGUCUGUCAGGUUUUGUGGGCUUGAUUUUGUGGUGGGUUUUGGAUUUAAGUUUUUUAUUUGCCUUGGUUUUGAAAGUGAGGACUGAUGUCCCCAAUUCCUGGUAAGGAUUUGGGGCAUUUUUAUUCAAUAGGGCUUCUCUAAUCCUCCAGCUUGCUUCCCACAACAGAUCUGCCUGGAAGCUUCUUAGAAUCCUAAUUCUAGGCUAGAAGCGAACUUCAUGAGAUUAGUCAGUGAGUCACUGACAGCAAUCACCGGGGCUCAAGGACACUGAGCAUGAGCACAGUCUGAAGCCAGCAGCACGUGUCCAAAGUCUCUACUAGCCGAGUGUUACUUAGACAAACUCAGCUGAUUUGAACUGAUUGCGAGUGUGUGCGUUUUUUUCUUUUAGUUCUCACGUGAGACCACUAUUGCCAACAGGCAGCUCAGGAGGGAGGGGAGAGUCGGGGGAGUUAUGACAGGCUGGGGGCCAGCGGGUUGUUCUGUCUCAGGAGCAGAUGUACAGGCUGUGGCAUAGGGUCUGGCGUGAUGAGGCUUUCUGGGGGCCCAAGCCAGGACUGUGUUGUCAGGUUUGAACCCCUGUCCCAUCAAACAGAUGGAUAAUGAGCUUACUUUCAAGUGGUCAGGUGUCCUGCCGAAGGAGCUACCAGCGCUCACGAUGCGGAAACCUAGAGCUGGGCGCAGUGGUACGCACCCAGGAUCCGGCUGCUUGGGAGGCUGAGGCAGGAGUUUUGUAAGUUUGUAUCCAGCCUUAGCAACAGAGCAAGACCCUAUCUCCAAAACAAACAAAAACUGGAGACCUGUGGGAGGAAGAGGAUGGGCGAACGGAGGGUCGAAUGCAUGUCUCCAGCAUCCCCAAUGUUCUGUGCUCUCCAGAUCAGUGUGGCAGCCUUCAUAGCACAGGACCUCGCAUCUGGGGACCUAAGCUUUCCUCAGCUCUGCCGCCAGCUCCCUCCUUCUCUGUCAGUUGAACCAGAAUUACACUAACUUCCUCCCAGGCCGCUUCCCCUUCCUCCCAUUCUGGCAACAGAUCUUGGAGUUUGGCAAUUGUUUGGAUUUUUUUUUUCUUUCAUUCUGCAAUUGUGUGUAUGUGUGAGAAGAAAAAAAUAGACUGUCCAGGUAGAAAUGGUAAUGCGUGGGGAGGAGAGUCACACUUCCAGGGUCCCAGACAGCGAUUCCUAAAGUGACUCAGACACACCACAGUAACAACUCUCACUGCCAUUUUAUUUUUACUUCAGAACUAAAGAUUUCCUUCAAACCACAGGAGAGCUCUGCCACCUACCCACGAAGCAAGGUCUGCACUCACAACCAAGGGCCCAGGAAGCCUAAYGGCAGGGGACAUCAUUCCCCGCCCCCACUGGGGCCAUCACUAUAUUCUGGGGGAACCUUGAGCAGCCAGGGGUGAGGAGACCACCAUCUACCUUGGGAAAUGGAGCCAGAGCUAUGGCUUGACCAACACCCCUUGAUGCUCAUGGGAAACCUCUGCCCAGGAGCUCAGCCCCAGGCUGGUUGUUUUUACAAAUCUCUCUCAAAUGUAUUA